UUUCUGUGUCAUAGUGAUUCUUCCUCGUGUCACGGGCAGUGAGAUUGUACAUUACGUGAAGCUUUGGUUGAUACAAGAAACGUUUCUUUCAUAUUGAAGUGUAUGAUUAUAAACUUAGAAAUAUUGGCUGACUAGUUCGAUGUGGAAGGAAAAUACACUGGAGUGAAAUUUAUAUACAGGAUUUCCCUUUAAGAAAUGCAGAGCUUUUACAGCGUCUCGGAGAAGCAUGCAAAGAACUGCCUUACAUAGUGACUUUGACCUGACUUGAGGAAUUUUUUGACGAUGGCUGGCUUUCACUUGGUCAUCGGGAUACAGAGGAUUGCCUGCCUGUACUUCAUCCUUGUUACAGGUUCAUCCGAGGCCAGCGGAGGAGGUCCCAGGCUCACGGUCACGCCCCCAACCCAGGUCGUGUUCUCGUCAGGCGCGGGGGUCGUGGUCGGCUGCAUGGCAGAGGGGUCGCCGCCGCCCGCCAUCACCUGGGUCACGCGGGAGGGGCACGCACUCGCCGCCCAGUCGCCCUACCUUGACCUCCUCUCCAACGGGUCGCUUGUGCUGCCGCCGUUCCCGCCCGACAGCAAUUUACAACCAUUCACAAAUAAUACUAUCACUUUCACAGAUAUAAAAGAUAUUAGGUAUUGA